AUGCUGCUGCUUGCAGUUACUACAAACAUUUCCACACACUCUAUACGCAAACAUGAUCUCCCAUCUUUGUUGCAGCCUCCGAGCCAGAAACAUGCCUGUUCGUGCAUUUGAGGAUAAAGAUCACGCAGCUGCUUACCUGCAAUACAGAGUGGAACCAAUGGAAUUAAUCAGCGAGAUUAUGAGCUUUAUGAAGAGAAAGGCAGCGACUCAGUUUAACCUCGCAGUGGAUGUGGGCUGCGGUUCGGGGCAAGGAACGAUCCCAUUGGCUUCACACUUCACCAGAGUUGUUGGAACAGACAUCAGCCUCGCUCAGCUGGAAAUGGCGCUCUCCAGUGACAACCCUUCAAAUGUUUCAUAUAGGGAGAGUCCAGCAGAGGAGUUACCGUUUGGUUCUGGCGAGGUGGACCUUCUGACGGCCAUGACCGCGGCUCACUGGUUUGACCGUAAGAAGUUCCUUGUGGAAGCUGACAGGGUGCUGAGGCCUGGAGGCUGCCUUGCUCUCCUGAGCUACACCAAGGAGGUGGAGCUGGAGUAUGGGAACGUCUCUAAUACGCUCAAUAGAAUCUGCGAAGAGUAUUACACAGCCAUGGAUCCAUUCCGAAAUCCCUAUCUUGGAAAGUGCUCAGUGAAAAUCUACUCAGAUAUGUUUGAUGCCUGUUCUUACCCAGACAAAGAGUGGACUGACUGUCUGAGGGUAAGAAGGAAAUUGCCACUAAGCAGAUACUUUGGCAUGGUCAAGACCUUCUCCACCUAUCAGAGAUUUCUACAGGAGGACCCUGCUGGGGCUGAGCAUAUUUCUAAUGACAUCAGAAGCAAGUUGCUGUCUGCCAUGGAGACGUCUUCUCCUGACCCAGAAGUUACAGUGGUUGUGAAGUAUUUUUAUUGGAUGGCACGCAAACCUUGUUCGUUGAGACUGGCUUUAUAAUGCGCAACAGAUCUUGACCCCUGUUCGUCCGAUGUCAGCUGGCAUAAACUCCACCACCCCUGCGACCCUUCAGAGGAUAAG